AGUCCCUAUUUCUUUUAAGGUUAGGACAGGUUAGGUUACAUAGCCCACAGAGAUAUUGCGCGCGUUUUCUGGUUUACCGUUUGGCGUGUGUCGCGCUUAUAGUAAUAUCGUCUCGUCUGUAUCGUCCCGCUCCUCGUGUUUUCAGCAGGUUAACGACUCUACUCGUGGAGGACAUGGAUUCCGACGGCUGCUCGUUGACCUGCACCGUCGCCGUGGAAUGGUUGAACGCCCAGGGAUCUAUCCUGAGGAAGACGACUCACAGGACGGCGUCGCUGCGCCUGAUUCGAGAUCGUCAGCGCGAGAUGCUCGUAGAGGUGCGCGCCGAGAAGGCGAACUUGAUCACGAAGCUACCCCUCAAAGGUGUGUCGGUAUUUAAUAAAUUCAUGACCGAGGGAAAGGCGUCUAUCAAGUUCAAGGAACAGAACUGCACGUUGUUCCUGUCAAACGCACCCUCCACUCAGCUGAUAAAUUUCCUAAAGACCAUAUUCGUCAAGCUAACGGGUCAGGAAGCGAAAACCGUAAAGGAUCCCUUGCGGGAGAAGCUCAUGAUGAAUGUGCAGCCGGGUGGUAUCGAGGACGUCAGUCCAACUACUAGCGCGGAGGUCAACAGGGCGAAAGAGAAAGCUUUAAUUGUAUCGCGCGCGACGGUCACCACUCCAUCACCAAGCAUGGUUAAGAAGCGGAAACAUUUCAGCAACGACGGUCCUAAAGUGCCUGCAGCAAAAAAGCUAUACGAGAAUCCCACUGCGAUACAGUUGAAUGAAGAGCAAACUCGAAUCCUGGACGCGGUGCUUAGCAAAAAGAACGUGUUUUUCACAGGUAGCGCAGGCACUGGGAAAUCAUUUCUGUUGAAAAAGAUAAUCUCGGCGCUUCCUCCGGACGUAACAAUGGCCACGGCAAGCACCGGGGUAGCGGCUUGUCACAUAGGUGGAAUCACAUUACAUCAGUUUGCUGGGAUUGGUCUGGGUACCGGCACCAUGGAGAGAUGCUUCCAGUUGGCCUCCCGUCCAUUUGCAGCCUCAAUAUGGAGAAAAACGAAACACUUAGUAAUAGAUGAAAUUUCUAUGGUAGAUGGUGACUUGUUUGACAAGAUCGAAGCAGUAGCGAGGCACGUGCGCAGGACGGAAAGACCUUUCGGAGGAAUACAAUUGAUUUUGUGUGGUGACUUCUUCCAAUUACCUCCAGUGUCCAAGACUGAUGACAAACCGAAAUUUUGCUUCCAAAGCGAGGCUUGGCAAAAAUGUGUUCAUUUUAACUUCGAAUUACGUACUGUCCAUCGGCAGAAGGACGAGGCGUUCGUAAAAAUAUUAAAUAGCAUUAGGAUAGGUAGAGUCACGGAUGAUAUUGUAGACAUUUUAAAGGAUACAGCGAAACAAAAAAUUGAAAGCAAUGGAGUAUUAGCGACCAGAUUGUGUUCGCACGUGAAGGAGGCUGAUGAGAUUAAUGAAUUUCAGUUGAACGAACUUAAAGGUGAGACUAAAGUAUAUACAGCGCAAGAUUCUGAUAGUUCUAUGACACAUAUGUUGGAUCAGCAAUUGUCUCUACCAGGCAAAUUAAUACUGAAAGUAGGCGCACAAGUUAUGCUGCUGAAAAAUAUAAAUAUCACUAGUGGAUUAGUGAAUGGGGCUCGAGGUGUUGUUAUCGAUUUUAAAAAUGAUAUACCAGUAAUUCAGUUGCGAUCUGGAACCCAUUAUGAGGCAAAAAUGGAGAAAUGGACAAUCAAAACUAGUUCUGGUGCUCUUGUACACCGAAAGCAGGUUCCUUUAAAGUUAGCAUGGGCUUUUUCAAUUCAUAAAAGUCAGGGCUUAACUUUAGACUGUGUGGAAAUGUGCUUGUCGAGGGUAUUUGAUGCUGGUCAAGCUUACGUAGCGCUUUCACGAGCUCAGAGCUUACAAAGUUUACGCGUUUUAGAUUUUAGUAAUCAACAGGUAUGGGCUAAUACAGCUGUACUUGAAUUUUAUAAAAAGUUUAGGAGGAAUUUACAAGAGAUAGAAAUGAUUCCUCUAGGCAAGAAAAUAAAGUUGGAAGGAAAUAAAAGAUAAUAUUUAUAUUUUUUAGACUUAUGCA